AUGCCCUCCACAGCUUCUGGGUCUUCACUUGUGACUCGCACUCGAGCGGACCAUGCGUCGUCCCGUGCAGCUCCGGGGCGCCCGUUCCGCGUGGGCAGCGACGGGUUGCCGCUGCUGCCGUGCCACGACGCUCCCGUGAGCGUCAUGCCCGCCUCCUCGCCCCCACCGGCCGUCACGCUAUUCGGCAACGUCGACACGAAACAAAACGUCCGCACGCAGCUUUUAGCACGCUACAGCAGCUCGAAGCAGCUCGACCAGGUCAGCGAGAUGACGCUACGCAUCGACACAGAGCUCGAGCUGCUGCGCCGUAGCUGCUUUGCCCAGCGCAAUGCGCAGUGGGCGAACAUCACGCCAGACCAAUUUGAGUACAAGCCGACGCCUAUCGACUCGUGGACGCCCCAACCAGCAAACGACAAGCUGCUACUACGUAAGAUGAGAAUGGAGGGAACGUUAGACGGUAGCGGGAGGGAAUUCUACCCUCCCGUUAAGACACAUGACCAGGAGAUGCUGGAGUUCGUACGGGAUCGACCCUGGCCGCCCCAAGAGUUCGCGUUGAAACCCGUGGCGAAACCUUCUAGAGGCCGGGGAGGCAAGCGCAAAGCUGCGCCGAUGGCGGCGGUACUGGACCCCGUGCCAUUGCUAGCAAAGACUUGUCGGGAGUGCAAGACGCAGUCAACACCGCUGUGGCGCACACAGACAAGAACAGUGAAGGUGAAGAAACAGGUGCUGAAGAAUACUGCAGGAAAUGAUGCGACGAACUUGGCCAAUGCGUUUGUGGCGCAGAGUAUGGCCAAGAUCGACCCGCAGAGGACUGAACUGAAAGUGGUGGAAGAGAAGAUCGAGGUGGAUCUGUGCUUGAAGUGCUAUCUGAAGCUGGAAAGAGCGGAUCUGUUUGAUAAGAAGCGUAAGGAGAAGAAAAAACAGGAACGACGGAAGAAAGAUCAGGCCGCUGCGGCGGCACUGCAGGAGAAGAAGCGGUUGAAGCACCAGAUCCAUCUUCUGAAGAAGCACAAGAAGCAGGAGAUGCUGGCGGCGCAACAAGCUGCUGGUGAACAAAUGACGGAGCAAGUGCAGGAGGAGGCUGCAGCCCCUGCUGCGGUGAUUCUUAAGUUUACGAGAGAGGAGAUUGAAGCUGCUACAGCCUCGUCGAAGGAGAGGAAGAAGGACCGUAAGCACAGUCGCAAGGACAAGAAGAAGAAGAAGAAGAAACAUCGUCGUCAACGUGAAUAUCACGAAGAAUCAGAAAGCGACUGCCCAACUCCGAUCCCUUCGCCCGCGCAGAUGAAUGGGUACAUUUAUGCCGAUCGAGCCCCAGAACCGUACGCCCCGCCCCAAGUUUCAUCGUUUGAGGCCGAGCAGGCACAUGAGGAACCAAUGGCGGUUAAUACGGAACCGGAGGCAGUAAAUAGCGGUCUCCACGAGGACGAAAAGGAGGUAUUUACACCUGCAAGGUCCUCAUCUCGGAAGAGAAAGAGCGUCCAAUAUACCGAGCCGGCCGUUGAAGUGGAAUCCCCCGCAUCUGCUUCGAAGAAGCGUAAAACAUCUUCAUCCCGGUCUUCUAGGUCAAAGCGGACGACUACAAGUGCGUCGCCUGCUCCUGCUGUGGUCGCUGUCCCUUCAACCCCAUCUGUCAAGAAGCGUUCUCGAACCAAGAAGGAACUCGCACGUGAGCGUGAGCUGCGUGCGCUGGGUCAGUAUUGUCCGGUGUGCAACGAAGUCUACGAGGACGACGAUCAAAACACGUUCGUGUGCUGCGACUCGUGCGAGCUCUGGGUGCACGGAGCCUGCGACCCGAGUCUUACCCCGUACGUCGGACUGUUGAGUAUGGUGAGAGUUCUGUACGAUACUGAUGUUUUGCUUUUUUUGGUUUUGUGUGUCCAGAGCGAUAAUUGCGUCCAUGGCCAACACAGAAGAUAA